AUGGCCAAAAAUAACUGCUGUGGACAUUUGAUCCGAAUCACUGCGGUUCUAAAGAAGAUUGGGAUGAUGGAACGUUUCUGUUGUGCAGUUUCGCAGAACGAUUACGAAAAAGCAGCUGACGAAUCAUUGGAAAGGCUUUCAACAUACUUAGAUGCUCUUUCUGAUAAGCUUCCCGUUCCUUCUGAAUAUGAUGUUAGCCACGCAAUGGGUGUACUCACAGUUGUAAUUAGCAAGGAGAUAGGAACGUAUGUAAUUAACAAACAAACUCCAAAUCGUCAGUUAUGGCUAUCCAGUCCUGUGUCAGGUCCAAAACGAUAUGAUUUGGUGGACGAUCGGUGGAUUUACAGUCAUGACAAUGAGACGUUGGAUUCGCUACUUACGAGGGAAUUCAGGACAAUUUUCGUCACUGAUGAUAUUGAUUUUCGGGGCCAUAUUUAA